AUGGCGUCGAUGCUUGAGGCCCUCCACCCGCAUCCUGAAGACCACCUUCACCUGCGCCUGCAUCGGGCCCGGUCUGUGGUCUUGACCACCCAAGAACUCGUCGAAAUCCGCGCCGCCCAACGCACUUUCGAAGGCGCCUACAUGCGCACCGCCCUCUCCCAAUUCUCCUUCGCCCUUGUCGUGCUUAAGAUCUUCACCUCCGAGUUCUACCCCCUUGGCGCCCUACUAGCCUGCUACGGCGCCGCCGUGCUCCUCGUCGCCGUCUAUCGUCGCUACGAGGGCAACCGGCAGUUCUUUGAUAGCGAGGAGGCUGAUUCUUCUUCCUCUUCUUCUGCUUCUUCCGAUGGAGAAGGAGAGCAUGAACAGCGGCAGCGGCGACGGAGUAGUGGGAGGGUGCCACAGAUGGUGGUCAAGAAGAAGUUUAGGACGAGUGGGAAUAGUGUCGGGUUGCUGGUUGGGUUGAGCCUGGUGAGCUAUGUUGCGAUGAUAGUGUUGUUAUGGAAUUUGGUUGAGUAA